AUGGAUCACAAGGCAGAAAAUACCCUAAGUUUGUCAUGGCAUGAUACAGCUUGGGUUCCUCAUUUGAACCAAAGUAAUAUCUUGGAUUACUUUUCUGAGAGGUCUAACCCAUUCUACGAUAGGACUUGUAAUAACGAGACCAUCAAGAUGCAGCGGCUCAGUCCUGAUCAGUUAUUAAACAUGACAGGACUUGAAUACUCACUUCUGCAUGCCCAAGAGCCAAUCUUGUAUGUUAUACGGAAGCAGUAUCGACACUCUCCUACUCAAGUGACACCUCUGGCAGAUUACUACAUUAUUGCAGGCGUAGUUUAUCAAGGUCCUGAUCUGUGUACAGUGGUGAAUUCCAGGCUGCUCAAUACUCUUCAUAAUCUGCAGUCAGCAUUUGAUGAAGCGCAAGGAUAUGCCAGGUUUCAUCCAUCAAAGGGUUAUUCGUGGGAGUUCAAAGAAAAAGAAGAAAAAGAACCUGCUGCAAAGGACAAGAAAUUGAAAAAGAAAGAGGAAGCUAGCUCGGCAUUCCAGAGGAAACGUGUUGAUCUUUUGCUAGGAGAGUUAGCCAAAAAACACCCUCCGCUGUUUAUGCCCCCACCCCACCAGACACCAGCGAAAGGGGAGGAAGUCAAGCAUGAGGUCAAAGUGGAAAAGCUUGAGGAAAAGCCAGCGACAAAUGGCAGCAUGCGACCACCACCUGAGAAAAAGCAGAAACUGAGAUGA